GUAGUUGCCGUCCGAUUGCUUUAGAAGAGUCCUGCUUGGAAGAUAAUCCACUUUAUAUCCCUCCUUGGUUCCACGACGUAAUGUCGAAAAGGUGGCAGGAAUUUUUGGACACGCAAAGAAUCCGUUCAAUCUCGCGUCUGCUUCUAGUCGUUUGGGCGCUCGAGGCCUGCUUAGGUUAGCCUAGCUUAGUUUAGCUGCUAACAAAGAACAGACAACGCACCUGGCAUAAACACGUUGCCGAGCAAGCAAACAUCAAGUCCCAAAAUGGCAGAUAACAGUCAAGCACAGGGUCCUCAAUGCCAGGAGUCUGCUCGCAUUAAAGAAGAGGAGAAGGUGGAAGAGUCGCCAUACAUUAAGAAGGUGGGGGACAGAUUUGUCCAAAUUAAAGAGGAGCAGGAGGAGAACCCCCACAUUGAGGACCAGAAGCAACCUCAUCCCGUCAAAAAGGAGGAGGUGGAGGAGGACCCACCAUAUGUUAAAGUGGAGUUGGUGGACAUCCCGAAGUGGACUGAUGAGCCCUUGAAGGGUGAAGAUGGAGGUCCGAGUGUGCCCAAUGAAAGGGCGGAGCCUCCGAGGGGCAGCAACAGCAGUUCAAAAGAAGGAUUCCAAGCAGAUGCUCGACCUUCAGAUAGCGACGACACCACAUCACACUCGCGCUUCUACUGUGAGAUGGCAUCUCAACUAUCCCGUCCUGCCUCUGGGGGACCAGACCCAAGACCUUUGGCUAAAAUACUGGUCAAGUACAUCAAAGUUUCCCACCACCUGAAGGGAGUGAAACUGGGGGCUCCUCGUCUACCUCAAAGAAUCCAAGCCUUGAAAGAUUCCCUAAUUAAAGGGAUAAGGCCGGCCAGGCCAAAUGAUAACACUGAGGUGCUCACUAAAUAUAACGCCGUGAACUGGUCUCAUACAACAAUGCAAAACCUCAAUGAACAUUACACGGAGGCGCUGAGGUCUCUUGAGAUGGACGUUGAGGCGCACAAGAAGCCAAAUUGGCAUAUGUCUUUGGACAUUGCCGUGAAGUGGGCAAAGAAAGACAUAAAACGCAUGAGACCUGGCACACUGAACAAGGCAGUUGACAAAUUAAAAUCCUUAAUGUCAGGACUUGACACACACCAAUCUCCCACUACACCGAUCUUGGCCGGACCUUCUACCCAGGGCUCUGGAGUACCCAAGGAACUUCUGGGUCAGCCCGAUCUCCCGCUCUGAGGCUUCGGGAUCUUGCCUUCUGCCUGCGCCACCUUACGCCGUCCUGUUCAGGUUUAACUGGAACACUUAGGAGACCCUCCGGGACCGGACAUCCCCACUGUGGACCAUCAUCGCGGACACUCUUCUUCCCUUCACCUUUUGUCCUCUCAUCGUUACCUCCGACCAGGGGUCGCGUUAACCGGAAAUUUUCCGUCGUUGACCGGUUUUUUAAAACGGUGACGGAAAAAACUGAAGUCCGUCAGUCAUUUUGACAGGUUGCAAUUCACACCCCAGACCACAGGGUGGCGAGUUAGCAUAUUAAUUAGCUAUUGUCUCUCUUAAUACAUGACGUCGUUGGCUAUUCUGUCAGAAUAUUGUAGCGUAACCGGGGUCUGGCGGCGGCACCGUGAUUGACACAUCAACGCGAGGUUCUUAUUGGUGCACCCGGUGUGCCAGCGCGUGAUCCAAUUGGUGGACUAGAUUGCCGCCUGUGUAUAGACAAGUUUUCGAGGUACCGAUUUACUUCCUUAUGUCUUCCUUCCCCUUCUGUUUCCGCCUGUUUACCAUUGAAGUCAAUGGCGGUGCAAUCGAAGUUGGAAGGUCUUUAUACAAGAUCCCGGGAAUGUUAUUUUGAUGUAGGCGGGUGGAGAACCAAGCCAAGGCCUCCAUGCUUCGUACCAUGUCGAAUUCCAAACCAUGGGUGCUCGUACUCGUCAUAAGGAGAUGGACAAAACUGACAGCUCCUGCAGUCAUGCCCCCGCUGUUAUGGAAGGUAAUGUGCUCUAAAAAUACGAAACCUAAAAUCUGGCGCAUUAAACGACUUGUUGCCUUUGCUAUUGAUAUUACGAUGAUGAUUGUAAUUACGAAGUUCAAUUGUUUUUACAACAACUAGCUUCUGCUACUGCUGCUAUCCGCCUGUUGCUAAUCGUGUUUGAAUGCACCGCAUAAAUCCAAGUGUUACAAGUUUUUAUUCGUUUGUUUACAGCUGGGAAACGCUGUUAUAAAAGGGAAGACAACUUGACUUGUACAUUGAUGGACAUAUAUCGAACAUAUAUCGUUUGCGUUCCACAAUGAUGAUGACAGCUCGACUCCCGAGAGAGGACGAGAGAGAGGCAGGAAUUGUGACAGACUGUGGUUCGCCGAGAUCGCUGUGAUCCAACUACGAACUUGUGAACGGCAGCAUCUUUAAAUAUAUGCUAUUGGAGCUGGAAUUACCGAGGACGGGAAAAAAGCACAUCUAAAUGCCGCCGAGGGCCUCCGUGAUGUCGCUAUUUGUUCACGAGGCUCCGGAGCUCUGCGGUCUGAUAUCACAUUCUCGUAUGCUAUUUUUGCAAUACUUUUAUAAAUGUGAUUUAUUGACCUGUUUUGGAGUGCACCAAUCGUUUAAAAAAAAACAAGAAAUGGAAUCAUGUCGAAAUGUUUUAUUGCGAUCAAUGCCUGCAAUAAAAAAAAAAAGAAUGACAUACUAUCUGUGUUAACAUCAUAUGUACAUAACCUUGUAGCAUUUCCUUGUAACAAAACAAUCCAUGUCAGCCCUUCUGCAGUCAGCAAAUGUAAUAUAACUUGUAAUUUCACCACAUUUUGGUCACUAAUGGCCGUAGUAUCAAUCCAUUCCUCACGUUAACACAGGCUGACAGUUGUUAAUAAUUUUGUCCACGAAUGAUCAACGAAGUGACACGAACUGCUAUCCAAUCUCAUCUACGUGUCAUCUAGGUCAUGCUGAAUCAAUUUUUGAAGAUUCCAUGGGUUGCUCUGGCUUGAUUCCGUAGUUUUAUCGUCGUCAAUACACUGCUAAUACACUGCUACUCAACCGGACCGGAAGUGCGAAGCAGACAUUUUCCUAGAUGGCGGCGCCCAUAUUUCGCUCAGGAAACUUGUCUAUAGACCCCAAUCACAUGACGUCACAACUCCGCCCCCUGACUGGAGCAGCCAUAUUGUCCGUCAGCUCGUCGUGUUUACACAUUACCGCGACGUACAUGCCUCCUAUUACGGCGUGUUUUUCUGCUCGUUAACAUUAAUAAUCAAAAUGGCGAAGGUGUGUGUGGCGGUCGGUUGCAAUAACAGAGAAGAUAGACGGAGAGACUUGAAGUUCUACCGUAUUCUGAGAGACCCGAAGAGGAGAGCGAGAUGGACUGCUGUAAUUUUACAAGAAAUCGGGGCACCAAACGAUCACCACAGACUAUGUAGUAGUCAUUUUAUAUCUGGUAAGGUGCAUUUAAUAUAUAUUUAGAAGAUUUUGGGCUGACAACCACAAUUAAGAUCAUUGUGUGACGUUGGUGAUUGGGGUCUAUAUGGUUGCCUCUUUUUCUUUGGGAGUGGAGUUGUUUUGUUGGUGUUGUUGGCGGUAAGCAGAGUAAAAAGAGGGAGAAAAAUACAACUUCAGUGUCUAAUUUUUCGCCGCCGAGCAAGCGUUACAAAAUUAAAAAUGAAUGAAAACUAAAUACUAUUGAAUAUGUCAUCAUUAUCAUUUUAAAAAUUUCAGUGACUGGUAAAAAUAGAUUAUGACCGGAUUUUUAUGACUCUGUCAGUCAAAAUGACAGACAACGAAAAUGUCUAGCGCAACCUCUGCCUCCGACCUUCAUGAGGAUCCUUCUUCCCUUCAUCUUCUGUCGUCUCACCGUCAACUUCGUGCUUCAAGGAGUGAUGCAUCUUUCGCCUCCGUCCAUCGACCAACGUCGUUCCCAAAGUGUCGCCAAACGGGGAUACUUCCACUCCCGUCAAUCUUCAUCUCACUGAAUCACGUGUUGGGAAACAAAAAAACCCAAAUAUCACACAGUAUUUACAUGACUCUAUUGAAUUACCAGUUGUGGUGUCACCAGUACCUGUUUUCCUAUCAUACUCCGAAUCGUCACGUCCCUGAAAUUUGAAGUUAUUGUUUGGGUACACGUCCAUUUGUGCUUACUACAUUCUUGUUUCCAUAGUUACCGUGCUUUCACUUUAUCUAAAAAAUUAAUGAGUGUGUAUAUAGACUUCGUUAAGUUGGACUCAAAUUAAUCUUGGACAUCUCCUGCUAGUUUUAUUAUCUCCUUCAUUCUGCCACCACCUGGUGGACUUUCUUCAGCAUAUCACCUUAAUAUUUUGUCCAACACAGUUUAAUUUAUGCAAUUCGGUAUAUUAAAUGUCUCUUUUACAACCCAUAUGUGGUCUUAGCCCUUUUGGUAUUGAAAUAAUUCUGUUUAAGAACGUGGUUGUGAGGAACAUGGAAUUUUUUUACGUUUAUAUUUCUCGGGUAUACAGGGUAACAAAGUGUUGUGUUGUACGUGCCUCUCAAGAUGAGGGACUGCAUUUUGGUUUAUAUUACUCCGGCUCCAUUUAGGUACGAAUCUGGGACGGUUUCAAUUUAUCGCGUCUACCUCACUAGACGUAUAUAUUUAAAUAUUAGUAAAAGUAUUCGGAAAAAGACCUAGGAGAUUAUUGAUACACUACGUCACUGUGUUACGUACAAUUUUUGUACGAUUAUUUGUACAGUCCAUGAACGCACCAGUUCUCGGUGACGUGAACAUUAGCUUUAGUGUGAUGACUGCCUUAGGGGUUGUCAAUUCUCAUAGUGUAGUCAUUUGGGACGCGUGUUCACUGGGAUUUACGGCGUCUAGGGAGUUUCAUCAGGUUAUGUACUGUAUAUAUGUCGCUCACGGGAAGCUAACCGUGGCUAAUACGGAAAUGACGAUGGUUAUGCUUCCUCUUAUGGAGGUUGGCCAUUUUUGUCGUCCUAAAACACCAAGUUGUUACAGACUAAUCCCCAUUUAUACACAAUCCGGUUUACGUUGCCCAGAUUUGUAAACUUUGAUUAUGAAAAUGGGGAAACGGAUUUAUUUUGAACUAUUAGUGGGGUCGGAUUUUGAACGGGGUUGUUAAUUACGUUCAACUUUCUUGGCCUUGUGUGGAGGUCGGCCAUGUUUGUAGUCCUUUAC